UCGAUUCUCGAUAUGCAAGUGCCUAGGUAGCCAAAACGACAACGACAGCGCAGCGCGACCAAACAGGGAGAGAUCGUUGUGUACCGUUUUUUUUUUGUAACCAGUGCAAUAAACAAUAGUUGAAAGUUUUCCCAAUAUUGCAUAAAUUAACUAUUAGCGGGUUAGAUCGUGAAAAUAGAUAGACCUUUGAGUAGAUUGGUGAAAAGGCCAUAUCGAAAUGCCAUAAAGGCCUUUCCAGGAAUUCUCAUCACAUAAACGUUUCCGAGAACCACACACCAAUACAAAGCCAACAAGUGCCCCUACCAGUGGCAGAAAGGUGUGUGUGAGAGGAGGGCCACUCGCUCUUCGCGCGCGCGUGUGUGUGAGUGUGAGUGUCGGUGCUGCUGUCGGUGUCGGUGUCGGUGCUGGUGCGCCAGUAUUUGUGUGUUGUUGGCCCAUUCCAAACAAAAACCCGAAUCGCUGCUUAUAGCUGGGAAAAUCCAUCGUCGAAAUGCACACGAGUCGGUCCAUUGUGCAGCAGGUCCUCGAACUGCUGGCCCUGCUCGCGACCGUCUUCCAGCAAACGGUGGCCACCGUGGAGCCAGGCUGGCUCUAUCCCGACAAGGUCGAGCAGCUAAUCGGUGCCGACUUCAACAUCAGCUGCACCAUCAACGAGACCUACUUCCGGGAGACAAACACCGCCGAAUCGUGUACGGUGGACCAGCUGUACUUCAAGAGCAAGAUGCAAGAGUACCGCCGAUCGCCGGAUAUCCGCAUCGUAAACAACACGACCAUCAUAUUCAGCGCUCGCGAAGCCGUGGAGCAGGAGGAUGAGUACCGGUGCAUGUGCGGCAUUUACGUGAUUAACACGUCGAAGGUGUACGUGGGCACCCGGCCCCUGCUCAUCGAGGACUUCAGCUGCGUGGGCUAUGACUUCAAUUACAUGCUGUGCAACUUCACGAAGCCGCAGAACAAAAUCAUCACCAAGUACAAUGUCAGCUUCACCGUCUACCAGAAGGACUCCCGCUACAUGUACCCGGUGGACUGUAACUUUGAUGCCGCUCCGGUGGUCACCUGCAACAUCACCGACGAAUCCUACCAGAAGUUCACAAAGAUAUACUACUUCCACCUGGACAUUAGGAACACGCUGGGCCAGGAGAAACAGAUCAUCGAGGUGAAUCAUUUUGAGCGGACAGUCCCCUCGCGACCCGGCCAGAAUUUGACCGUGGUGAAUCGCACCGAGAGCUCCAUCUGCCUAUCCUGGGAGAUGCCGCGGCGCACCAACUAUCCGCGCGGCCUCACCUGGCAGGUGCAAGUCACGCCCGUCAAUUUAGCCACCCUAAAGCGCAACAACUGGCGCAACAAUUCCUCCUCGAUCAAGGACACUCUGUGCCUCACCGAGCUCCCCUAUGCCGGCUACGACUAUACGCUGCGGGUGCGCGUGCGCGGCAACCAGAACAACACCAUGUGGAGCGAGCCGUUGGUCUACAACUUUGUCACCGGCCCAGAGCGACCCCGUCGUCCGCCCCUCGUCACCGACGGCAGCUUCUACGUCUACUCGUCCGAGACCAUGAUGCGCUUCUACUGGGAGCCGCUCGCACCGCACGAGCUGAAUGGCGACGACUUCAAGUACAUUAUCAGCGAGUAUCGUGUGAAUGGAAGCCUGGUCGAUCCCUCAGUGAUCAAAGUGGAAUCAAAUUCGGCCCUAAUCGAGCACUGGAACAAUAAUGCCAACCACGACAUCCUCAUACGGAGCAGCAACAGCGUGAAUGCCUCGGUGAACGCCACCCACAUGUCCAUCGGCCCCAUCAGCAAUGCGGACAUCAACGAGCGUGUGCCCAAGAAUAUCCGGAGCGUGUAUCAUCCGAACAACAAGAGCUACACGGUCAGCUGGGAGUCGCCCUUGGAUGUGUUCGAGCUGACGAACUACACCGUGUUCUGGUGCGUGGCGAAGCCGGCCUUGCAGUCCGAGUGCGCCGGCUCCAUACGUUUCGAGAAGGUGGACAGUAGGCAGCGCCAGUUCACGACGACUAAGGACCAGCCGCCGUCCCUCCACAUGGCGGUCUCGGCAAACUAUCGGCAUCACAACACUGGCAUGCGGUGGCUGAUCUGCAGCAGCGACAAGAAGGACGACCUGGCAAAGAUGGAGCCGACAAUCGAUGCGUCGAGCAACUCAACUCUGACGGUUAAAUGGAGUACAGAGCGCGUCUGCCCCGUGAUUCUUACCGGCUACAAUCUCACCUACUGCCAGAGAUCGGCCGGCAAGCCGGACAACUGCACCACGGAGGCGAUCGAGGAUCGCGAUGCCAAGCAGUAUGUUAUCCGCGACCUAGUCCCCUACACCGACUACAGCGUCAAGAUGCUGAUGAAGUCCGAGACGCGGGCCAGCAAAUACAGCGACGAGCUGAUCAAGCGCACCGGAGAGGCGGCCCCCAGCCAGCCGCGUGAACUGCAGCUUCACAACGUGAGCAAUUCGAGUGCCCAACUGGCCUGGAAGCCGCCCCUGAAGGCCAACGGCGUGGUGCGUGCCUACGAGGGUAUCUUCCAUCACGACAACACGACGGAAUACUUCAAGCUUCCGGCCUCGGCCGACGAGCUGGUGGACAAGGAGAAGCUCAUCUCCUUCGAGCUGGGCAAUCUAACCGCCUAUACCGACUACGAGGUGAGCAUCCGGGCGAGAACAUUGUACCCAUCGGAGCCCAGCAAUGUCAUCCGCUUCCGUACGGCCAUUGGAGUUCCCUCGCCACCGACGCUGCUGGUGACGAACAACAAGGAUCAGAGCUCAAGACUGGACUGGAAGGCGCCGAGGCAGCCGGCCGGACUUGUGGACUACUACGAGAUCUCCCUGCGCGACAACAAUUCCAGCUGCCUGGUCAGCUACAUACUCCCCGGCCAGAACCGCUCGCAUGUGAUGGCCACACCGCGAUGCACCAGCCACAAUCCCUUCCAGCUGGCGGUGCGCGCAAUCAACGUAGAGCGGCUGCUCCACACAGGCGACCUCCAAGAGGUUGGAGAGGCCAAUGGAGCACGACCGGCGGUAUCGGCUAAGAGCUGCCAGGUGCACCUGGACGGACUCGGGGAGGAGGAUCGUAUCGCAUUCGAGACAUACAGCAGCAAUUCCACCGGCUACCGCCUGCACAGAUCCGAGUGGGGAACGUACGGAUUCAUUUGCACGCCGGAAAUCCACAGCGUGAAGGCCAUGUACCAGACGAUCGAGGUGUCGUUGGCCAUCCUAGUGCUGGGCGUCAUCUUCUACACGGUGUACAAGAAGUACCGAAAGAUGUCGGACAUCGAUCUGGUGCUGCCGCAGGGCAUUUUGGAGACGCUGAAGAAACCGAAGGAUAUGGGGGGCCUGGGACUGAGCAUGGGCCCCGAUAUGGCCUCCAGCGGUGGCAUCAUCUGUACACGGGUAGACGAUUCACCGCAGUACACGCAACAGGACAUGCCACACGACUUCAGCAGCUGCGGCAGCGAGAGCUCCAAAUUGCUUCUGCGAAACACUUCCAGCAGUGGAGGGUGCACGGAUCGCGACGACCGCUACGACGACCAAACGGAAAUAGUUGGCAUGAAUCCCAUGACCACCAUGAACACCAUGACCGCCAUGAACAGCAGCCCCGCCCCACCCACUAGUUAUGUGUCCAUGCGCCACGGACUACUCGUUCAGAACGAUAGGGAGAGCGAGAGUGAGAGGGACAGAGACAUAGAAAGGGAGCAGCAGCGGAGCAGCAUGCAGGAGAUGCAGGCGAACCACCAGUCAAGUGGCUACAUCAAGCCCACCCAAAUGAAGAGCUGGCCUACGUCCAAUGCCAAUACCUUGCCAGGUCCCAAUGUUCCUACCGCAGCAACAGCCACGCAGCCAAUGUCGGUGCCACUGUCGAUGGCCCGGAUGCCCCUGAAUGGGUAUGUGCCGGUGAACAUUCUGAAGUCCCAGCCACAGAUGGAACCAAACGGUGGGCACCGUGUUGCGCCAACGCCCGAUGCAGCCGCGUUCUUUGUGCCAGAGCAUCUGCUCAAUGCGGAAAACUCGAUGCAAGCAGCGUCCGACUUGCACAAGCUGCAGCCCCUGAAUCCUGCUUCCACUGCAGCAGCCGCUUCACCGACAUAUCUGCCAGCCAUAAGUGCAUCAGCAGCAGCGCCUAAGCUCAACGUUGACACCGGUUAUACGACCAUGGAGCAGCUGCAGCGCACCGGAAUGAUGCAGCCACAGGCGUUCUUGCCUGCCAUAAGUCCAUCAGCAGCGCCCAAGCUGAACGUUGACACCGGCUAUACGACCAUGGAGCAGUUGCAGCGCACCGGCCUGAUGAAGCCUCAGGCGUUACCACAGUCCAUUGGCAUGCACACAUCCGCACAACCGAGCGGAGGAGCUGCGGCUGGGGCUACGACGGGCCCGCGAGUGAAGCCGCAGAUCAAUGGCUAUGUGACGCCCCAGGAUCUGAAUGCCCUGGCCCACAACAGACACGUUCUCUAGGGAGAAUUGCGGGGAGAUGAAGUUGGGGAGAGAGAGAGAGAGAGAGAGAGAGUUAAUGUUGCAUGGAAAUGCAAGCAAUAACAACUUUAGUCCACAUCCAUACUCACGACGUCGGCAUCUACGCAUCAAUCCAUCCAUAUUCCAUUCAUCCAUCAUCCUGACCAUCCCCGCAUAAGCACAUCGAUUCACCACAGACUAUUGUCGGGCAGCUUUGUAUAGUAAUAAUGCCAUUCAUCCCAAAUUGGAGCAAAAAGAACGACGUUUCUUUAUAAUUUAUUUUUCUUUGCGAUGCGAGCGAGCGUGUGAGGCACAACAAGUAUUUUUAAUGCUGUAGUAUUUUUUUAUAUUGUAUUUGUACACUUACCUACUUAGCUCUUAGCCCGCGUCAAGCAGGUCAAGAAUAUAUGAUAUAUAUAUUAUAAACUAAAUAUACAAAAAGAAAACUAUAAUUUUAAGCAUAACAUACACUCGCACCACAUUGCAA